GUCACCAGGACAAGCUGGGCGUGGCGGAGACCAAGCUGCUCCAUACCCUCCACUGGAUGCUACUGGAGGCGGCCCAGGAGUGCAACCAGGAGCCCAGCCUGGGCCACGGAUGGUCGGGGGGCAGCAGCAGCUCAGCCUUCCUCCAGCCAAUGGGGAUUGGGAACCAGGGUUCCCCGCCAGCCAGAGGUGGCCCAGGAUCAGGCACCGGUUCUGGGUCAGGAGCGCCACGCUGCAGCGGGUCCCUGGAGGAGGAUGAGCACGCCCGCACCAAGCUCUUCCACAAGAGCAUGGCCACCGUGGAGCUGUUUGUCUUCCUCUUUGCUCCCCUCAUUCACCGCAUCAAGGAGUCUGAUCUGACUUUCCGAUUGGUCAGUGGUCUCAUCAUAUGGCAGCCAAUGUGGGAGCACCGGCAACCUGACGUCCCCGCCUUCUCUGCCCUCAUCAAGCCUGUGAGGAACAUUGUGACAGCCAAGAGGAACUCCCCGGUGAACAACCAGUGUAGCCCCUGUGGGUCCAGAAACCAAGGCCCCAUGGGUUUCCAGGUGGUYUGUGAAACGACCCAAUCAGAUUCAUCCUCCCCCGGGGCUGGAGAGCAGAGCUGUCGCCGCGGCAACUCAGUGGAGAGAGGUGGGCCGUCAACGCGACAGGCUCCACUCGACAAAGGGAUCGCCAAGAAGAAGUAA